CAUUGGACACAAACGGUAGAGCACACUCCCGCACCUAUGGAGUUCUCGUCGUUUGCUGCGCUGCUGCCCUCUCCCUUCCUCCUCGCCGCGCUUGUGCUCAUUCUCGUCUUCUCAUGCCUCACCGUCUCCUCCACCAAGAGGCCUCCUCCGUCUUCCGGCGAUGGCGGCCGGCGUCUGCCGCUUCCUCCGUCGCCGCCGGGUUUCCCGGUCCUGGGCCAUCUCCAACUUCUUGGCUCCUUGCCGCACCGGAAGCUCCGGUCGCUGGCCGAGGCUCACGGCCCGGUCAUGCUGCUGCGGUUCGGCCGCGUGCCCACCGUCGUGGCGUCGUCGGCGGCCGCGGCGGAGGAGGUGAUGAAGACCCGGGACCUGGCGUACGCGAGCCGGCCCAGGGUGCGCAUGGCGGAGCGACUCAUCUACGGCCGCGACAUGGUGUUCGCGCCCUACGGCGAGUUCUGGCGCCAGGCGCGCCGCGUCGCCGUGCUCCACCUCCUCAGCCCGCGACGCGUCCUCUCCUUCCGCGGCGUCCGGGAGCAGGGGGUCGCCGCCCUGCUCGACGGCGUCCGACGCCACGCCGGCGGCGCCGUGAACCUGAGCAACCUGUUCAUGUCCUACGCCAACGGCGUCAUCUCGCGGGUCGCGCUCGGCGACGCCGGAUACAGGCUCGAGAAGCUGAGGGAGCUCUUCGUCGACUUCGAGGAGCUUCUCGGGACGACGACGGUGGGAGAGUGCGUGCCAUGGCUGGCGUGGGUGGACAAGCUGACGGGUCUUGACGCCAGGGCGGCGCGCACGUCGGCGGCGAUGGACGCCUGGCUGGAGCGUGUCAUCGCGGACCACCGCGAGCGACGGCGGCGGAGCCGCCGCCGCGGCCAGUCGGUUGGCGACGGCGAGGCGGACGGUGAACACCGGGACUUCGUGGACGUGAUGCUGGACGUGAGCGAGGCGGAGGAGGACGGCGGCGCCGGAGAAGUGGUGUUCGACACUGUCGCCAUCAAGGCUAUUAUCCUGGAUAUGAUUGCGGCCGGCACGGACUCCACCUUCACGGUCACGGAAUGGGUCAUGGCGGAGCUCAUCAGCCACCCUCCCGUGAUGCGCAAGCUGCAGGACGAGAUCCGCGGCGCGGCCGCGGGAGCAUCCGGCGGUGCUUCCACCGUCCGUGUUACCGAGGACCACCUCGACAAGCUGCGGUUCCUCAAGGCCGUGAUCAAGGAGACGCUCCGGCUGCACGCCCCAGCGCCGCUCCUCCUGCCCCGCGAGACCACGCGGGACACGGAGCUGCUGGGCUACCGCGUCCCGGCGCGCACACGGGUGGUCGUCAACGCGUGGGCCAUCGGCCGUGACAAGGCCGCGUGGGGGGAGCGCGCCGAGGAGUUCGUGCCGGAGAGGUGGUUCGCCGACGGUGGCGGCAGCGGCGGCGCAGAGACGGUGGAGUACGCGGCGUCGCAGCUAGGGCAGGAUUUCAAGUUCGUGCCGUUUGGCGCCGGCAGGAGGGGCUGCCCCGGCGUUGGGUACGCUGUACCGAGCAUCGAAAUGGCGCUCGCCAAUUUGCUGUACCACUUUGACUGGGAGAUCGCACCAUCCGCUGAUGGGACGGUGCCAUUGAGGAUGGACAUGAGCGAGCUGCAUGGACUGUCAGUCCGUCUCAAGGCAGAUCUCAAUCUAGUCGCUAAGCCAUGGUCUCCCUGAACUUCUUAGGUUCUAUAUAUACUAUCUAAUAUAAAAUUAUGUAUUUGGUUCGCAUAAUGUUAAUUUUAUACAUGUUUCUUAUUUUCAUUUGCAUGACCAUAUGGAUGCUACCCAUGUAUGUUGUAUGUGUAUGUACACACAUAUGUACAUGUGCCCAUGUGUAUAUUUUAUACGGUUAAUUAUAGUAUAUAAAAUAAUGGACUUAAGAAUACACGGUUUAUACACCUACAUGUAUAUAUUGUAUGAUAAACUUGUGCUCUAUAU